UUCAAAGUUUAUUUUUAAAAUAUUGGGAACUAUAAAUUGUGCAACCGUUUGAAUGUUUUAUUCAGUUAAGCGGUAACCAAUAGGCGGAACCUCAAAAAUGAAAGUCUACGUCGCGAUUUUCACCUCCCUCUUGGCUUUCCAGGCCACCCAAUCGGCUAGUGUGACGCCGUUCGACAUCGGAGACGUUGUCAGACCCCUAUUCAGCGCGUUCGUGAACGGCCUGAGUGAGUUCGAGCAGAAUGCACAAAAGCAAAACCAAGAAAUCCUGGCUAACAUCACGGCGGCUACCGAGAAUAUUCUGGAACAGAAAAUCAAAAUCGCCGACCAAAUUUUCGAUGGCGUAACAGAUGUGCUUAACUCAUUCCUGUCCGGAGUGAGCGAAAAUGCCAACGACGCAGGCAAGGUAAUAAUCCAAUGCGUGGAGGCGGAAAAGGAAGACGCUCACCAAGUGCUCGUGGACACCGUCACCGACAUCACCAGCUGCGAAAACCAAAACCUCAAAACUCUGGCCGAUGCCCAAGCCGCGGUGCUCCAACCCCUGGGCGUUUUGGUAGACAAGCUGAUACCCAUAAACGACGAUCUUCAACAAUGCAUAUUCGGAGACCUGUGCCUGCUCUCUUUUUUGCAAAGUUUGUCCGAAUUGGGAGACGAUGCCAAUCAACUCGGCGAUGCUCUCAAAUCUUUGAUCGCCACGGUAGUUGAGUUCGCGCAAGAAGCCGCCGUGUGUGCCCAAAAUGAAGACGACACGUUGCAGCAGCGUGUGGAAGACGUUUUCAACAACGCCGCUGCUUGCAUUCAAAACAGCUUUUCUUCCAACAACCAGCAACCCACAACCGACCAACCAGCAAGCGAAGCACCAGCAAGCGAAGCACCAGCAAGCGAAACACCAGCAAGCGAAGCACCAGCAAGCGAAGCACCAGCAAGCGAAGCACCAGCAAGCGAAGCGCCACCCAGCCCAACGACCCAACAAAGUUGAAACGGGCAAUAUUAAUAAAUAGUUAAUUGUCGUUAUCGUAUACACGAUUUUGAAAAAAUGUUUUUUCU